ACUAAAAUCAUCUGCGCGUGCGUUGUAACGUCUUCAUAAUUUUCGGCACGGAAACAUCAGGACGAAGAUGAGGGUACUCUGUAUAUUUGCUCUGGUUGCUGUGGUUGGUCUGGUGGCAGGAGAAGAAGGGGCUCGUCUGUUGGCCUCCAAGUCUCUCCUGAACCGUUAUGCUGUUGAAGGACGAGAUCUUACCUUGCAGUACAACAUCUACAAUGUGGGCACAAGUGCUGCCCUGGAGGUUGAGCUGUCUGAUGACUCCUUCCCCCCUGAAGAUUUCGGCAUUGUCUCAGGAAUGCUCAAUGUGAAAUGGGACCGUAUUGCACCAGCUAGUAAUGUUUCUCACACAGUGGUUCUGCGGCCACUGAAAGCUGGCUAUUUCAACUUUACCUCUGCUUCUGUUAGCUACCUGGCCCAAGAGGGUGGACAUGUUGUGGUUGGUUACACAAGUGCACCAGGUCAGGGAGGCAUUCUUGCCCAAAGAGAGUUUGACAGACGCUUUUCUCCACAUUACCUGGACUGGGCUGCUUUUGGUGUCAUGACCCUACCCUCCAUUGGCAUUCCUCUGCUUCUGUGGUUCUCUAGCAAGAGAAAAUAUGACUCACCGAAAACAAAGAAAAACUGAAAUAUUGAUUAACUGUACAAAUACAGAUCAGGCAAAUUGGUGGGGGUUGUAUUUGAGUUGAGGCUGGAGGGAUGGGUUGAGAAAGUUGUUUUUGGAUACAUUAAUUACCCAUAUUGGAAGUAAAACAAUCAAUGAUUUAAUCUGUUUUUAAGACCCGUCUUUAUCAGCUUAGUAGUGUUUGAGGGAUGAGGAAUCUUGGGACUGAAGCGUUAUAAGUUGGAAGACUCAAGAAUGGCAUUGACUGCUUAUGAAAUUAUUGUGGCCAUUCCAAGGUGGUUUCAGGUGCACCACUUUUAUUUUUUGUUUCUUUUGUAAUACUUGCCUGAAGCCUAAAUGCUUGUUGGACCUAAAAAGACCCUUAUAGCCUUUCAGGAUCAGUGAGGGGCUAGUUUGUGGAAAUAAACAGAGGGUUUUACAAA